AUGGUAAGAGACGCAAACACUAAGCAGGCAGCGUCAGAGAAGCAGCUGAGGGAGGCGCGAGGAAAGAUCGACAUGCUGCAAGCAGAGGUGACUGCUUUGAAGACUCUGGUGAUCACUUCCACACCUUCCUCUCCAAACCGGGAGCUGCACCCCCAGCUCCAAAGCCCCUCCAAAGCUGUCUUCAGGAAAGGGCACGGGCGGAACAAGAGCGCCAGCAGCGCAGUAGUCACAGCCACCAGCCAGAGCUUGCCCGUGGAGUCGGUCAGCACUGAGUGCAAAGAGGUCGACUCCAUCCUAUUCGCCGAGUUCCAGGCCUGGAAGGAAUCCCCGACUCUGGAAAAAUCCUGCUCCUUCCUGGAGAGGAUUUACCGGGAAGAUGUGGGGCCCUGCCUGGACUUCACCAAACAGGAGCUAUCAGAGCUAGUGCGGGAGGCCGUGGAACAGAACACGCUCACCAUAGAGCCCGUGGCUACCCAGGCACUGCCCGUGGUGAAGGUGUCGGCGAUGGAAUGUGGCGGACCAAAGAAGUGCGCUCUGAGUGGCCUGUCCCGAGCCUGCAAACACCGCAUCAAACUGGGGGAUUCUGGGAACUAUUAUUACAUCUCACCAUCCUGCAGGGCCAGGAUCACAGCCGUAUGCAACUUCUUCACCUACAUUCGCUACAUCCAGCAGGGCUUGGUGAGACAGGAUGUGGAGCUGAUAUACUGGGAAAUGAUGCGGCUCAGGAGGGAAAUGUCCAUGGCCAAGCUGGGCUUCUACCCCAGUGCGAUGUAG